AUGGAACACAUACUGCAUGUCACACUCCCAGAAGCAACUGCACGUGCUGGAAAGGAGAUUGAUCAGCUGACCGUCAUAAUGGAUAUGCAAGGCCUUGGAUUAAAACACCUAUCGCCAUCAUGGCUCUCUCUUGUCGGCGAAGCAGUGACUGUCAUUGAAUCAAAUUACCCGGAAGUCUUGGGAGCCUGUUUCGUCAUCAAUGCCCCACCCCUUUUCAGCAGGCUGUACAGCCUCGUCAAACCACUUCUCAGUAAAGCUACACAAGAAAAAGUGCAGGUUUUGGACUCGAACUAUCCAGAAACGCUUCUUCAACACUGUGACGCAGAAUCUCUGCCAGCGGUCUACGGUGGCAGUUUGAUUGACCCUGAUGGAGACCCAAGCUGUCCUUCCCGAAUCUGUUGGGCCGGCCCCGUUCCAGAUUCCCAAAUAAACCAAUCCAAACAGCCUCACGCACCGCCCCCUGUGAUUCGUGUAGCAUUAUCACGGUCAGCAAGUGCUCAAUCGUUGGGUUCGUCUGAACAAUUUUCCGUUGUUGAGGUAGCUCGCGGUGGACAACGUGAUAUUCCAGUUGGAUUUCUGCCGGUCGGUGUCGAGUUGAGCUGGUGUGUAGUCGUCUUUGCGAAGUCAUUUUUAAGUUGUUUGUGA